AUGCCGGUUCGUACUUGUUCAACUAUCUGCGAUCUUUCAACUGACUAUCUUGCUGUGUCAGGAAAAGAAUUUCGUGUCUACGGACAUGAAAAUACGUUCCCCGUUCACUCUGUGAUGAAUUCCGAAGUAUCUGAUCUACCCGCUAGUCGUAAGAUAGAGGGACUCGCAUCCUUCUCUUCGAAGGUUUUCAUGUGUCCUCAAUGCGAUACACCAUCAUAUUACCUUGCAGACCCACGAGGAUUCAAACCAGAAGGUUUCAAGUUACGAGACCCUUGGCGCUACAUCAAAUAUGCGUACCGUGCUCGCACAGCGGAUGAAUCAGAUAAGAAAGAAAUCUUUGAGCGCCGUGGAGUGUCUUGGUCUGGACUUAAUAGCCUUCCGGGCUGGCUGACAUCCCUCAACUCCGUCGUGGAGUUUAUGCACUGUGUCUACCUUUGCAUGGUCAAGCACCUAACAAAGGUUAUCCUUCUUCGAUCUGGCAUGCUGAAUCCCAUCCCUUGUAACGACUGGUACCCUCUAGACCGACUAGAGGAAUUUUUCUCUCGAAUUAUAUGGCCGGUAUCAGUGGCUCGCUUACCUCCAUCAGUCACGUCUUCUUCAUCGAAAGCAGACCAGUGGCGUCUUCAUAUCAGUGUCCUAUUUGUGGGGCUUUUCGUCGCUUGGCAAGUUGACGUCUUGCGUCAACGGUGCUUGGAGAUUUUGUUGUCCGAAUCACCCGAUCCCAACCAGGAGCAACUCGACCUUGUGGAUUCCUUCACUACAGACCGGUCAAUUCGUCGACAUUACUCAACCAUGCUCGAAUUCUCGGCUGCCAUACGAAUCCUGUCCUCACGCUCAAUCAGCCCUCAUGAAGUCGAGAGAGGCUGUGCAGCCCUAUCGCGAGCGUGCCAGAACUGGGCGAAUUUGGGUGUUCAUUUGACCCCAUAUUUCCACUUCGCCCAGCACUUUCAGCGUCAAAUGCUGCAGUUUGGACCAUGCUAUGCCACGUGGGCAUUUCCGUAUGAACGGAACAACGGAUUCCUCGGCCGGACCAACCACAACAACCACAAGGGUGGAGAACUCGAGUGUACGAUGAUGCGAAAAUGGUGGAAGUGGGUCUUAGUUCAUGACCUCGUAAGUCUGGGCCACUUCGCUACUAGUACAUACUACAUUGGCUGA